GAACAAUCGAUCAAUCGAAAAACCGCUGCUCAGUGAGUCGCCGACGGAGCUUCUUCGACGCCGGAGAUUAUACUAUGGCUGAAGAAUCGCUGCGAGUUUGCCAAUUCGAAGAAAUUCCGUCUCCUCGAGAAUUCAUUUCGCAGAUUGAGUCGCGAAAUAUUCCCGCUGUAUUCAAGGGCUGCGUAAAGAACUGGAAAGCUUUCUCGUUGUGGGAUCCCUCCAGUGGCGGCCUCGACUACUUGCUGGAACGAGUAGGAUCGUCAAUGGUGGACGCAAUGCUGUCCAGAUCUGCACCAGUCUUUUAUGGUGAUAUUAGAGGCCACGAGAGGGUUCAGUUGCCCUUCUCUACUUUCAUUGGUUAUUGCAAUGAAAACAUCCAGAAGCCAAGGAGGGAUUGUGAAGUUUCUUCUGAAUCUGAAAGGCAUGAGCUCGAAGGAUCAGAUACAAAGCAAGGUUCUAUGCUUUUUGGAGAUGCCUUGCAACAAAUUUAUCUUGCGCAGGUACCAAUUAUGAGUAUUGAGAAUGAAGAAAGGGUUCAAUUGGGAACCUUGAGAGAAGACAUUCAAAGGCCUGCAUUUUUGGAGACAAAGGAACUGGCUUCGAUUAAUUUGUGGAUGAACAAUGCUCAUAGUAGAUCCAGCACCCAUUAUGAUCCACACCAAAACGUUCUGUGCGUAGUUGCUGGCUGCAAACAAGUUGUUUUAUGGCCCCCUUCUGCAAGUCCCUUCUUGUAUCCAAUGCCUUUGUAUGGGGAAGCGUCAAACCAUAGUGCUGUCAACUUAGAAAAGCCUGAUCUUUCUAUUCACCCAAGAGCAGAGCAAUCUAUGGAGUAUUCCCAGAAGGUUAUUCUUCAUGCUGGCGAUGCUCUCUUCAUUCCCGAAGGCUGGUUUCACCAAGUAGAUAGUGAGGAUUUGACCAUUGCUGUUAACUUUUGGUGGCGGUCCGACCUGAUGUCUGGCAUGUCAGAACAUAUGGAUGCAUAUUAUUUGCGCCUAUUAUUGAGAAGAUUGACUGACAAACAAAUGAACCGAGUGCUGGGUAAGAGUAUUGCUGGUGCAUCAACAUCAGAAAGGCAUACAAUUGAGCAACAUAAUAAUGGACAAGCAGAUUAUUGUUACAAUGGUUCUGAUAAGAACUGUGCACCCGAGGAUUCAAAAGCAAAUGUGAUAAGAGAGAAACUUAUGUUGCAUGAACUGGAACCACCAACGCUUAAGGCUCUUCAAGAACUUGUUUCUUUAGUCCAUGAUCGUGUUAAUGUUGCUGACCAAAGUGAACGAGUGGAUUCUACCUCAACCAAAGGUUCAGCCUUCAGAGAGAAACAUGAACACGUCAAUUGUAUGAAGGCAAAUUUGUCUUGCCUUGAAAAUGAUCCAGUUGCUUGUGUCCUUUCGAACCUUCAUCCUCUUGCCCUUCAGAAUGUCUUCCUUGCCAUGGCGUGUAUGAAGUUAGUUAUUCUUAUUCAGCACAAUUUCCCUAGAACUCUGGAGGCUUUGAUGCUGCACCUGCUUUCACCAGUGGCGGCAGAAGUACUUACACGAAAAUUUGAUGAGAUGGAUCAACUGACUCCUGAAGAAGAUCGGAAUAAAUUUUACGAAGUUUUUUAUGGUGCAUUUGAUGACCAAUGUGCUGCUAUGGAUACAAUUUUAAGUGGGAAAGAGUGCUUUGCACGUCAGGCAUUCCAGAACGUGUUGGAUCAAUAUUUGGGUAUUUGCUUUGACGGGCCAAAACCAUCUGUUUGAUGAGUAGUUGAGUGAUCUGGGCUUCAGUAAAGACAAUGUAAGCCAAUAGCUACGAGAGUGCAAAUUGGUUCAUAUUCAUUGCAAGUAGAUUCCUUCUCUAAUGGUACCAGUGCAUGUGAGUCUGUUGAUGUAUUAUAAUCCUCUAGUUCCGUAUAUUUUUUGAAGGCUGCUGAAUUUUCAGCUGUGUAAAUGCUGUUUUGUCCUUGUUACAUGAUUGGCAAUAGCAUUUGCAAGUUGUCACAUAUGCUUUACAGAUUAAUAUCCUGAUGUUUAUGCUUCAGUUA